AUGAGUAUGAGGCCGUGUGUGUUGUUACUAGCGUUCCAGACGCUGGCUGUGGCACACCAUGGGGUAGGACCUGUGGUGAUUAGUGCAAAUAUUGGUAUCGGACCACGACCACAGGCUGGCUGCUGCUUCAACGACACCGUGGUGGAUCACGGCCAGGUGGUGUUCAAUCUACCCAGCAAAUGUCUCCAAUUAGUGUGUAACAACGGCAAGAUCCUCCCUCACUUCCUGGGUGACCCCGACACAAACCACUGUUGUGAGUUUGAUGGGUUGUUGUACGGUGAGGGAGCAGAGCUGUCUGGUCAUUGUGUAGUGAUGCAGUGUACCAGGAAGGGGUGGUUGCCCAGAGGUAACAUAGACGACUGCUGUAAACACUGCUGUAUACAUGACGACUCCCACUUCUUCACCUUCGACGGUCACCAGUACGACUGGCAUGGCUACAGUAACUACUCCAUGGCUCAGACUGACAUGACUUAUGACCCCGAGGCUGGUGUCUUCAGUGACUUAGAGCCCGUGUUCAAUCUACUGGUGAACGGCGACCCCUACACGGUGCCUGUUAUUGGGGCGGAACAAGUGCUGUGUUCAUCCAAAGUUCACUCUGUUCUGGCGUGGCGCAACGGCCAGUGUACUAUGUUAUUAGGCACCUCCAAGCUUAUGGUGCAGCACUCCCGCCAUCGUCUGGACAUGUGGGCUCACCCCACACACGCAGACAACCUGGAUGGUCUGUGUGGACCCUUCAACUUCUACGAUGCUGAUGACUUCACUAGCAGGCAGGUUGACGUGCACCCGCUCGGGUACUUCCUGUCCACUUUCCCUCAUUCUUGGAGGACGCAGGACCAGAACGACCACAGCUUUCGGCAAUGCAGGGACUGUCAACCUCCCAGAGUCGAUCGUCUGUACCGAGCUGAUGAGCGGCAGCUGGCCAAGUACAGGAGUAUGUGUGAAAAGUACUUGGGGUCCAUCAUUGACCAGAACACUAGGGCUCAUCAUGGCACUAAGGCACUUUGA